CGCACUCGUAUUACCAGGUGCACAUGCAGCUAGGCCAAUGCGCGCUGCGCCAUCGUUUCAGCGCUCGUCUUCAGCGCCGCAUCCGCUACCAGCCUCCGCCAUCCGACCUCCCAGCCAGAGCCGUGCUAGCGUCUCGGCCCCGUCGUCAUGGCAAAGAGCCAGUACCGAGGCAAACAAAAACCUGGAAGCCACGGCGCCCCGCUUUUCCCGUCCCCCCCAGAACCGCCUUCAGCAGGUCAGCCGCAGCUCCGCCCCAGAGGGAAGCGCAAGGGAGAUACCUUUUCGGUACCCCCUGCAUUGCGACGCCAGGGAUGGGCUCGCGUGUACUGGCGCAGUACCUGGUGCCAAACCACGCGAGCCCCGGGAUUUGCCCAGGCUCGAUUUAAUUACCAAGCCGCCGGGGCUUGUGAUUGCCCCAGCCAUUUGAUGAAGGCUCAUCUCCCCUCCCGUCGAGCGCUGGAGCUUAUCGCAACUCUUCGCUCCUCUCCCAAUUCCAGAUUCGAAUUGCAUCCUGCCAGGCCCGACGCGUUCCUCGCACAACAACACAACG